AAAGCCACGAAGAAAACUGACAAACCUAGGCCAGAGGAGAAGGAUGACCUAGAUAUAACAGAGAUGAGUAAUGAAGAUCUUCAAGAGCAACUUGUGAAGUACGGACUAAGUCCUGGCCCGAUUGUAGCUACUACUAGGAAGCUUUAUGAGAAAAAACUGCUGAAAUUGAUGGAGCAAGGUCCAGAGCUGAAGGCACCUGUGCCCUUCCCAGUGGUUUCUUCAACUUCCGAGAACACCAGAGAGAACGGAAAUAACGAUUCUGACCAGUACAGUGAUAGCGAAGAAGAUCCGAAAACUGAUCUGAGGCUUGAGAAGAGAGAACCAUUGAAAUCGAGAACGAAGACUCCACUAGCACUCAAACAAAGAGUUGUUGAACACAACCAG